UGUCCCGCGUGAAUGUUUUAACUCUUUUAGCUAACCUUUAGUUAGCAGGGAAAAUUGACCACUCUUCCAACAACUUUUGCCUAAACACCCACGGCUGAAUUGUUUUACAUGCUUACAGUACCGAAAUGUUAAUCAUUCAUAAUUUUAAAUCUCAAAGAUGAACUGGGUCGGAGGUUCGAGGAACAGACUAGUGAUGAGAAGUGAUGCUAAAAAGCAGCGGGAGUUUUUUGAAAAGAGGAAAUUGCAGCAGAGGCUGAGGAAAAUCGGGGUAGCUCUGCCACCAUCGUCAUCCAAAGACAUUAGCUCUGGGAGUAUGGACCUAAUGAGUUUGUUUAUAGUCGGUCAGAUUGCUACCAAGAAGGGAAAUCAAGAUCCUCCAAAAGUUGCUGUUCUUGGCAGUUUUGAUGGAAGCUCCAAGCAUCGGAGGACUGAGUCCAUAGUGCUCCCAAUGAGUCCCUGCUCUCCAUCGCAGCUGAACCUUGUCGAGAGCUCGUCUCAGUUUGGUUUUCCAGAAACGAGAAAAAGACAGAACAUAAAUCCACAAAAAUUCAAGUGUAGAAAGUUAUCACCAGUGUUGGAGUCAACGUUCUCAGACAACAGUGCAUCUGAUUACCUGCCUCUCAUAACUGGCCCGCUCAGCCCCACCUCAUCAGUCUCGAUGAGUCAAGGAAUAUUCCCGUCCCAGAUGAAUAUACAGAAGCAAAACCAGAGUCAGUUGCAGCUUUUUCCUCACUAUUCUCCUUCAUCCCAGAACACCCCAGUGCUGCAGCAGACCCAGUUUCAGCCUUUCUCCCAGCAGAUCAGUUUGACAGAUCCUGUUCCCUGGUCCAGCACUUCAAACCCACCCUUCUUUCAUGUGGAGACCCCUACUGCAGUCCCUACCCUCUUUGGAAGCCAAAAUCUUGAAAAAACUGAAGGAAGUAAUAUUGAUAGAUCCGCAGCUACCUUCUUUUUUAAUCAACAAGAAAACACAGAGCUGGAUUUCUCACUUGACCGGUCACAAACUGGAAAUCUGCUUGAAGACGACGUCUUUGGUGGGUUUGGUGAUGACGAGUAUGAAACUGAAGCUUUUAACUUCGGGAAUCCAAAAUCCAAAAUAUCCCUCAAAGAUGAAACAUUCGUGCGAUCUGCAACACCACAAACCGUGACUAAUGUUCUCAGUGGAGUGGAGCUCUCCAACUGCGCUGACCUUAACUCCUCAUGUCCCGACCAGAACACUGAGCUCCUGAGUAGCUGUGAAAAUUUGCCAAGUUGCUCUUGCAAAGAAGGUUACCUCAGUUCAGACUCCAGUGAUGACAAAUCCUGCUGCGAGGAGUGUCUUCACGACUCUGCUUUUAACACAGAUGAACCCUGUUGUGAUGACUCAAACUCACAGAGGACUCCAAAAUCCUCCAAAUCUCUCACCUCUUUUGCCAGACUCGACAUGAACUCAGGCAAAGACCAGAAAACUGAAGGGAAGGUAAUCAGCCCAAAUAAAACAUCUGGAGUCCAAGGCCAGCAGAUGGCCCCGUCUUCAUCUUCUCACAUUCUGGAACCAACUCAGAUCUCAGAGUUGUGCAAAUGUAAGAAAACACCCACCGAAGCUCAAGACGUGGGGAUUCAAACAGUACCCCAGACGCGCAAUGCUUCCACUCAGUGCAGCUUUGUCACAAACAGUGAGGCCAGAGCUUCAUGCAGCUUGUAUGAUAUGUCAGAGAAGCAACCAGCACCUCAACAGCAGACAGCUUCACUACAAACCACAAGACGAGGAAGUUGGCCACCAUGGAAUGAGUUCAGCGUUAAUAACAGACCUAAAGUUAUCCUACAGAGACCCACACACCCUUUACAGGUCAUCUUCAGCCCAAGAGGCUCAGAGAAUCGAGAUGAGACAGAGGACGAUGAGAACAGCCGUCAGAUCAAAGAGGCAUCAGAUGGGAGAGAGGAGGUCACAUCUGCUGGCAGAGUCCAGUGACCCUCAGGAGGCUGAGACGCUUUCAGGACAACAGCAAUGUUUAGCUCCUGCUGAGGCAGAGGGAGGUGGAUAGUGUGUGUAUGUGUGUGUCAGUGUUAACGCCAAUGUUUAAAUGUUAUGAAGCAUACUAAAGCCUCAAAGCAUUCAGGUUAAGUUUAUUUUCUUUUCCAUGUACAUGGGAUUUCAUUAAGAUAUCUAUAUAAUAUAAACUUUAGCAAAACAUUUGCAGUUGGAACAAUAAUUUCAUAUACAGGAUUUAUUUUUAUUAUUUUGUAAACUUAAGAAACGUGUAACUGGUUCACAUUAAAAAACAUUUUCACUGUACGUACACAAUUACAUUCUCUCUUACAGAAGGAAACUGCAUGUAGAGGGCUAAAUACCACUGUUCCUUCAAGACACUGAAUCAGAGAUAUACAAUCACAAUAAAUAUUUGGUCAAAGAAGUUUCCUUUACACAUUCUGUAUACAAACAUUGUUUGUGUUUUAGAACAACAGUUCCUGGACUAAAUGAAAGAAUGUUCUUAAAUAUUUUAGUCAGUGUCGUAUUUUGCACCUUAGAAUCCAUAGAUCUUUAGCUGAGAAGUACCUGUUAUAUGAAAGCUAAUUUCUAAGUAAUAAAUGAGCUACAAUGCA